AUGACAAACAAUAUCUAUCUCAUUACUGGCGCAAGUCGCGGAAUUGGUCGUGGACUGGUCGAAAAACUUCUCGCUCGCUCCAACAGCACUGUAGUAGCGGCCGUCCGCGACCCCGCCGGUGCUUCGUCUCAGUCCCUAGAGUCUCUCUAUAAGGACGACUCCUCUCGCCUGAUCGUGGUGAAGAUUGACUCCAAGUCAUCCACAGACCCAGCUGCAGCAGUCGAGACCCUCCAGACAGAGCAUGGCAUCGACCACAUAGAUGUGGUGAUCGCCAACGCUGGCAUUUGCGAAGACUUAUCACCCAUUAGCGAGAUAUCCGUCCCAGUGAUACACGAGCAUGUUGAAGUCAAUGCCUACGGACCCAUAUACCUCUUCCAGGCGGUCUACCCCCUUCUCAAGAAGAGCAAGAAGCCCACUUUUGUAGGAGUCGGCAGUCCUCUAGGCAGUAUCGCUGGCAUGGAGCAGCGACCGUACUCAUGUGCCGCGUACGGCUCCAGCAAGGCUAUGCUUCACUGGAUUGUGCGUAAGAUUCACUUUGAGAAUGAGGACUUUGUGAGCUUCGUUGCUGAUCCUGGAUUUGUCCAAACUGACAUGGGAAAUACCGGCGCCCGGCUCUUCGGUCUCGAGAAGGCAUUUCAGACAAUUGAAGAGAGCGUCGACGGUAUCGUGAAGACUAUGGAUGAGGGGACGAGGGAGUCGCUUGGUGCACAGUUCCGCGUGUGGGAUGGAACCCAGUUCCCUUGGUAA